GGAGCUGUAAGAGGGGAUCCUGCAUGCCGCUACAUGCGUUACAUGGACGACCUAGACUGCCUCACUCAAAAUCAGAUCUUCUGGACACCGUACAGUAGAGCCGAGCUGGACGAGUUGGAACUGAGUGAUAUUUGCACACGCGAUGCCGAACUGUGGAGGACUUGCGUGCCUUUGAUUUUUUUUCUUUGUAGUCGAGAUGCACUUGCCGCACCGUGUCAAGAGACAGUUCGGCAGAUUGCAAGACUUCCCUCCGGAGGGAAUUUCGACGUCCCAAGCUUUGCAUAGUAUUGACAGGAAGAAACGGUACACUGAGAAUGAUUGGCGUGUCAAACACGCACAGCCACUGGCACAGUGGGAACAAAGGCAAAAGAUGCAUCCGGAAAGUGGACCGGCACAUAGGCACAACCAUUACAAGGAGUACCUUCGGUGGCUUCAUUCAGUGGCUAGAGUUUCAGUCAAGCCACCACAAUCCACUGAACCUAUAGAAGACCACGCGGACACAGACGAUGAUGAUGACAUCAUCGAUGCGUACGAUGAUAUCACUCGUGGAGGAGUUCAGCCCGAACGGGGCCCUUUGCAAAACUACAUGGCACAACAACUCGGACGCCUCGCUAACGAGGCUGGCGUGGCAAUGGCUCAUGCAAACGAAGGAGACAAUGCCGGGGGGCACUUUAGGGCAUUUGUCGAGAGAGUCCGUCGGAGCUGCAGGCGGAUGGCCGCUAGGGUCAAUUGCAUGGCUCGGCUAGACGAGGCGUUUGGUCCACAGGCCUCUGGUGCGUAAACUUCAAGUGCACGUGGCCCCACUUCCAGCAUACGGACACCGAUUCAC